AAUGCCAAUUCCAGGGGAGUAAACAAAUCCAGUGGCAUCGUCAUCAGGAGAACUACUUCUAUGCCGGUGAGGGGUGGAAUUAUCCCUUCCCCGGCAUUCUUCGAUCCCGGAAUAUGCUCCACGAGCUCCUUCCAAUCAACCAUUCCCCUCCACCCAAUCACCCCCGAUUCGCAAAUCCGAGAGAGCUGCAUCCGGCGGGCCUCCUCGCUUUCCCGGUUCUUGUACGGGUCACAUAGGGAUCCUUACUCCGUGUUGGAUUCGGUUACUUGCUUUCUUCUUCAUUGGGUCCGGAUUUCCCUGGGUUGAUCUGUUUAGUCUGCUGUGUUCGUCGCAUUAGGCGGAGGAUUGGGGGCAGCUCUGGUUGGUGGUAGCGGGCGGUUCCUGAUCCCGCCCCGGUGGUUCCAACCGCGCCAAUCGCGUGCUUGAUUGGCGUAAAGGGCGGAUUUUUAGAAGGAUUUUGUGGUAAGGAUCCAAUUCUGUGGAGGAUUUUGCUACUUUGGGAUUUGAGCGUCACUAGAUUUCGUCAAUUCGGUCUGAUUGUGAUUGAAAGGGAUAGGAAUUGCAUUUUUGUUGCAAAAUGGGAUGGCUGUCAUGGCCGCUUUGAAUCGUGCCUGGUUGUGGUGAAAGGAUUGUUUUUUUUCCCCUGAUAUGGUGGCUGUGGACGCCUGUGAUGCCCUUGCUCGAGGUUGAAGGAUUCCACGGUUUGAUGGUCUGUGCUGUCCGGGAGCUCGUCGUCGGCGGUGGGAGGCAAGAUGUACGCCGUGGGGAAGGUCGGCAGCCUCAUCUCCCGCAGCGUGUACACCGUCUCCGGCCCAUUCCACCCGUUCGGCGGCGCGGUCGAUAUCGUCGUCGUGCAGCAGCAGGACGGCAGCUUCAAGAGCUCGCCGUGGUACGUGCGGUUCGGCAAGUUCCAGGGGGUUCUCAAGUCGAGGGAGAAGGUCGUCAACAUCUCCGUCAAUGGCGUCGAAGCUGGGUUCCACAUGUACUUGGACAGCAAUGGCGAGGCUUACUUCCUCAGGAACGCGGAUCCGAAUGGUGAGGAAGGAGAGUUUGUUGUAUCACCCGCAUCGUCGGGAGAUGAGCGGGAGGCACCGAUCCAGGAAGCUCAGCUGAGGAAGUCGAAGAGCACUUCGUGUGAUAGCUCAACGAUGGAGGCUGAUGUUGGGGAGGGCAAGAUGCUCGCAAGGACAACCUCAAGGCGGACCACCAUACUUGAACGGAUGUUUGGCCGGAAAACAGUUAAGAACAAUGCGCAUGCUGUGGAUAGAGUGAGCUCAUUAGAGCGAGCAGAGAUUGCUGCCGAACUCCUAGAUACAAAGUGGUCGACAAAUCUCCCACGUAGUUCGAAAUCUCAUGGUUCUAAUGAUGAAUCUUCCAAGAGCAAGUUGGCAGAAGCUAGCAGCAGUAAUCAGAUGGAAACCUCAAAGACUCUAUUGCCAGAACAUAGCUUGGAUCAUGGGAAAGAGACCGACUCUAACUGCAAUUCUUGUAGUCCUCGUGGAGGAACAAACAGUUCAGCAGAUGAAACUGAUCAGUGUUUACAAACCACUAGUGUGAAGGAAGAGGUUGUUGAGAUACACACACGUGAGACUAGUGACUUCACUGAUAGGAUCAUCUCAACUGUGCAUCAACCAGGAUCAGAAUCUUUGUCAAAUGAUCUGGGAACAGAUAAAAGUAUACAUGAAUCUGUCGAUACUCAAGAUAAGUUGCCCCAUAAUUUGGAAGAUGUUGCAGGAAGGGAAAUACAUAAAAAGGAGGCCUUUUCCAAUGGCAUUUUUGAAAUCCAUACUGUUGAGACAGACACUACAAGUGGUAAGAGUGAGGUGGUUUCUCAGUUUGUUACUGUAGAUUCAUAUGGAGCCAACCAAAAUUUGACAGGUGCCAAUUCACCAGCUUAUGCAACCACAGACGAAAAGCAUGAGGUUACAUUGAUCCCUUCUGCGCAAGAUCCAGUUCAAGAGAAAGUAGUCAUUCUCAGCAGUUCUGAAACUGUGGAGAUUUCACAAGAUGCAGUUCAAGAGAAAAUGGUCAUUUUCAGCAGUUCUGAAACUCUGGAGAGCUCAUAUGCUGUGUCCAAUAUUUCAGAUGACAAAGUUCGUGAUGCAUCAGAUAUCUCACUGGCUGACAGCAUACAACGCGAGGAGCAUUCCGGAGUCUCUGAUGGGAGUCAAGAACAGGUAUUUUCUGAGGAAAGGUUAUCAGCAUGCAGUGGUGCUUCCAGCAACAAAAAAGACGUGAUUGAAGUGGUUGUUGAAGAACAUGGAGCUUUUAUCUUAGAAGAUCCAGCUCCCCAAACCUUGCAAGGUAAUGGUCCAGAUAUGGAUAUUUCUGUGGACAGUGUUUCACUUUCACAUACCGAUGCGGUUCAUGAUUUCGCUUGUCAGCAUGAUGUGGUUUGUCCUGAUGCUUCUUCUAGUGUUGUAGAGACAUCAACUUAUGUGCCUGACUAUGAUCCUGAAGAUGUCACAAAUAACGUAAUCGUGGAAAAUCAAGCAUGCAACAGAGAGCUUGAUGUUUCUGUUACUCAGACCUCAAUAAUAGGUGAUGAAUCCACAGAAUGCAAUGCUCAGUCAGCUAAUUUUCCUAAUAAAAUAGAAGUAGAGAGUUCACCAACUGCUACUGGGUCUUCCAGUUUGGUCAAUGAUCCUGAAGAUGUAGCUAAGAGCUUAAUCGAGGAAAAUAAAGCGUGCAACAGAGAGCCUUGUGUUUCCGUUACUCUGACCUCAACAAUAGGAGAUGAACCCACAGAAUGUAUUGCUCAGUCAGCUAAUUUUCCUAAUAAAAUGGAAAUAGAGGGUUCGCAAACUGUUACCGGGUCUUCCAGUUUGGUCAAUGAUCCUGAAGAUGUAACAGAAAACUUAAUUGUGGAAAAUAAAGCAUGCAACAGAGAGCCUGAUGUUUCUGUUACUCUGACGUCAACAAUAGGAGAUGGAUCCACAGAAUUCAUUGCUCAGUCGGCUAAUUUUCCUAAUAAAAUAGAAGUAGAGGAGGGUUCACCAACUGCUACUGGGUCUUCCAAUUUGGUCUAUGGUGAAGUGCAAAGCAUAAAAACAGAAGGUGAAACAGGAAGAUCCAGUUCUGUGAGUGGAGAUGAAGUUGGGUUUGUCCUUGAGGCUACAGCUGAGCCUGAGGAAGAAGCAGAAGCAAGAGUAUCAUUCUCUGAGUAUACAGAAGAAAUUCAGUUUCAGUUUAGUGAUACUGAAAAUUUUGCUGAUAGAAAGGCCAUGGAUGACAUAGUGGCUGACAAAACAGCAGGUGAAGGAGAACAUGAAGAAUCUGAUUGUGACACAGAAAAACAGGAAGAAGGUGAUUUAGAUCUUGCAAAUGUAUUGGAAAACUGCUCUGAUUCAUUAAGGCCUGUGACUAGCCCUGUUUCUAUUCCUACAUGCAAUCUGCAGUCAGAAGAUAAUACAAUGGAGGCUAAAUCUCUACCAAAUCUCCGUUCUCACAUACAUGAUCUUGAAAGGUCUGAUAGUUUUCAGCUAAGCCGCUCACUACAACCAAAUGCUGAAAAUAAUGGGGUUGACCCAGUCAAGAGUACGGAUUCUUCUUUUCUUGAGCAGAAAUCAGAAGUUACUGGUGAUUCAGAAGAAAAUUCCAGCCCACCUGAGGUUACCAGCAAUGUAGUACCUGAUGACAAGCAUGCUGACAACCUGAAAAUUGAUCCGUUCGUCCCUUUUGCGGAAUUAUCAUUAUGCAGGCACCUGUUAUCUGAAGGCAUGGGGGAGGAUGCCGCCCGCAGUGCAUUUGAUUCUGAGAAGGUGACCUUAGAGAAGUUCCAUACCAUGAAGCAGUCACUAAUGAGAAACAACAAGCUAGUUGUUAGGAUUGCUGGACGCUAUUUUCCCUGGGAUGCAGCUGCGCCUAUAGUGCUCGGUUUGAUUUCUUUCAGCGAGGAACAAGUUUUUGAACCCAAAGGCAUGAUAAAGGUCGAGCAAAUUGAGACAAUUGCAGCACCAGGUGGCAGCUGGAGAAUCUGGCCGUUUAGUUUCAGACGAACAAGGACUAUUAGUGCUGUCCAGCCAGUUUGUGAAAGCACUGUUGAGACUUCCAUAUCCACUCCUGUUAAAGAAUCCACACCGUUUAGUGAAUCAGAUAGAGAAAGGAAUAAAUCCAGGGCAAAGAGGAUCGAGAGGAAGGUGCGAUCACUCACUCCAACGUCUGAGGAGCUCGCAUCUCUUGAUCUCAGAGAGGGCAGGAAUGUGGUUACAUUUACCUUCUCAACUGCAAUUGUUGGGAAACAGCAGGUUGAUUGUCACAUAUAUUUAUGGAAAUGGAAUACACGCAUUGUCAUAUCAGAUGUGGAUGGAACUAUCACCAAGUCUGAUGUUCUUGGCCAGUUCAUGCCACUGGUUGGUGUUGAUUGGUCUCAAAAUGGAGUCGCUCAUUUGUUUUCUGCAAUAAAGGAAAAUGGAUAUCAGCUUCUAUUUCUAAGCGCACGUGCUAUUUCACAAGCCCACAUUACAAGGCAGUUUCUUUUCAACUUAAAGCAGGAUGGAAAAGCACUUCCUGAUGGCCCCGUUGUCAUAUCUCCAGAUGGUCUCUUUCCUUCACUUUACAGAGAAGUCAUCAGAAGAGCUCCUCAUGAAUUCAAGAUUUCAUGCCUAGAGGCUAUCAAAGAUUUAUUUCCUCCUGACUCAAACCCAUUUUAUGCUGGAUUCGGAAAUAGAGAUACAGAUGAGCUUAGUUACCUCAAAGUUGGUAUUCCUAUGGGCAAGAUCUUCAUAAUAAACCCCAAGGGUGAAGUUGCAGUGAAUCGGCGAGUUGAUACAAAGUCAUACACGUCCCUGCAUGCUCUUGUACAUGGAAUGUUCCCUCCAAUAUCGUCAUCUUCGGAGCAGGAGGACUACAAUACCUGGAAUUACUGGAAAAUGCCAUUGCCUGAUGUUGAUCUGUGAGAUACAAGUGCAGUCUGCACAACAGCGCUGCGCUAAUUUUAUUAUGCGCAGCAGUGGUGAUGAGAAAAUCAUGGUGAAGGUAGCACCCUGAGGCCAAUUGUUAGUUGGCUAGAUGUGGAUGCUCCUGAUAUAAGCUCCUGCAAGAACGAAACUGUAUAUAUAGGAUCAUAAUAGAUGACUAGCGAUCUGCACGCCGAUGAGGCAGCAGAAGCAAUGUAGCUGUUUCUUGUGACUCCCAUCUGUUGUUGUAGGACUGAACCUCCAUGUAACUGAGAGGUGUAUACUUUACUGAAUGGAGGAAUCUGAUCGAGUGUUGUUUCCCGUGCAGUUUCAUUUCAUCCUUCUUUGAUGUAAUUGUGGUGCCAUGUAAUCUGUACAGGAGCAGUUUAAUAAUGCAAUAGAAAGUCAGCUCUGUUCAUAUGCGAUUUUAAUUCA